GUGUUCAGUGCCUGGGCACACAAACUGCACCACAGUUGGCUGAGGUCCCUGUCCAGCUCUGUGGUCUGCGGCGUCUCUCUGACAAGGCUCGCUCUGUGCUGCACGGCUCCUUUCCUUAGUUCAGUCUCCGGCUUCUACCACAGAACCGCAAAUCUCCCCAGCUGUGAAUCAGACAGGGGCAGAAAUGCAGAGCCCAGGAGCCCAAGACAAUGUCUCCGUUUCCCAGGGUGUUCGCAUGAUGUUUUAUCUGAUGAAGCCCAGUGAAACUGCCUUCCCAACUGUUGAAGAGGUGCCUGAUUACGUUAAAAAGGCUACUCCAUUUUUCAUCUCCCUGAUUCUGCUGGAACUGGCCACCAGCUGGAUUCUCAAGGGGAAGCCACCAGGUCGCCUCGAUGACAUUCUGACAUCCAUGUCAGCUGGCGUUGUGUCUCGGCUUCCAAGUUUGUUCUUCAGGAGCCUUGAAGUGACCAGCUAUAUUUAUAUAUGGGAGAACUACAGACUUGUUGAUUUGCCUUGGGAUUCUCCAUGGACAUGGUAUUUGACCUUCUUAGGAGUUGACUUUGGCUACUACUGGUUCCACCGCAUGGCCCAUGAGAUUAACAUUAUUUGGGCUGCACAUCAAGCGCACCACAGUUCUGAAGACUAUAACUUAAGCACAGCACUGAGACAAUCUGUCUUGCAGCAGUAUAGUUCCUGGAUUUUCUACUCUCCCUUGGCUCUCUUCAUCCCACCUCCAGUGUUUGCUGUUCAUAUUCAAUUCAAUCUCCUGUACCAGUUUUGGAUUCAUACAGAGGUCGUCAGAAGCCUCGGCCCCUUGGAACUGAUUCUUAACACUCCUAGCCAUCACCGGGUUCACCAUGGCAGAAAUCGUUACUGUAUCGACAAAAACUACGCUGGCACCCUGAUUAUCUGGGACAGAAUGUUUGGGACCUUUGAAGCAGAGAAUGAACGGGUUGUAUACGGUCUAACGCACCCCAUUGAUACAUUUGAGCCAUUCAAAGUUCAGUUUCACCAUUUACUCUAUAUAUGGAAUACAUUUUGGGCUACACCUGGAUUCUUCCAUAAGUUUUCUGUCCUAUUUAAAGGACCAGGAUGGGGUCCAGGUAAACCAAGACUUGGCCUAAGUGAAGAAAUUCCGGAGGUCACAGGUCAGGAGGUCCCCUUGUCAUCAGCAGCAUCCCAGCUUUUAAAGAUGUACACUGUCCUGCAGUUUGCAGUGAUGCUGGCCUUUUAUGAAGAGACCUUUGCAAACGCAGAGGUUCUGUCUCAAGUCACUCUGCUCCUGAGGGUCUGCUCCAUUAUCCUGACCUUGACAUCCAUUGGUGUCCUUCUGGAUCAAAGUCCCCAGGCAGCCGUCGUGGAAACUCUCCGUUGCUUGAUGUUCCUAACCCUGCACAGAUCUGGCCAUUUGAAGCCUCUGGUCCCAUCUUUAUCAUCUGUAUUCGAGAUUUUCUUUUCUGUCUGCACUGCUUUCUGGGGAGUAAGAAGCAUGAAACGACUCACCGCUGGCUCUUGGAAGUAGCCCAACUCCAGACAGCUCUCUUGGUCCUGUCAGUCAUCCAUGGCAGGUCACUGCUACAGAAAGAGCGUUGUCUUACAUACUGCCUACAGGAGCUACUUAGUUAAUGAAAAAUGAAACUACCUGUUUACCUAUGCUUUUCAUGUUUGCUUUUCUGUUAAAAUUAAAGUGAAGUAUACUAUUUGCUCUCACUAAAAGCCAGAUUAUUUUAUAUAUAUUGAGGCUGUAUUCACUAUUCUCAUCUGUCUCAAUGCCAAUGGAAAGGAAAGGGUGGGCUUAAAUAUUUAACGAAAUGAAAAUUACAUUUGUCUUGCUUGGUUUGACAAGUUUUCCUUUAACAUUUGCUAAAACCAUACUUAAAUACAUCUCUGUGGUCUUUAAAAUGUGUUGGAGUCUACGUGAGCUGGCAUUUGCCUUUGCAAAUAAAUCAUCUGUAUUGCCACAUUACAUAAAAAUACAUCAAUGUGGUAAAAAUAAUUAGAAUUGGAAAAAGUUAAUUGUUCAACAUGUUAGUUUAUAAAACAUACUUCUAGAAUGGUGGGUCGACUUGUUUCAACAGCUUGAGGAGUACAUUGUAAUUCAUGUUGUUUCAAAUAGUCACAAUAAUGUUAAUAAAAUCAUCUGAACAGAAGUGACAAAAAUGGUGUGUGUAUACUGCUUAUGAAAUAUUAAAAGUCUGUUGUAUGUUCCAUUUGAAAAUACUGACAGAGAUAAGAACUGAGUUCAGAAAAAUAUUGGAAAAAAAGUCUUUAAAAAGUAAGAAUUCUUCCCUUCCUCCAAAAUUUAUCAGACAAUUUUCAAAUGACAAUUUUAGCAGUCCAAGUCAAAAUUAUUCUCUACCUACAUGCAUCACUAAAUUAAGAGGACUAACUCGAGUUGCUCAGCCCCACUUUUAAGUAUGUUACUUCAGAUUUGAAUAAAAAAAACGUGGGGAGCUGACAGAGAAUCAGGCUGCAGGAGUCUGUGCAUACUCAUGAGGCAGAACUGAGGCACAUUUACUUUUCAAGCUGAAACAGCAGAAGAAAAUUAAUUUUGCAUGAUGGAAAUAUUAAUAAUUAUAUCUCAAGCGUCAGAAGUGGGUUUGGCUUUGCUUCAUUCAGUUUUUAUACUUCUUAAUUAAAUGCAGGAUUUGAGCAAAUUCUGAGGUCAAUAACAAAUAUUAAAUCCUACUUUGGUGCCUCAUUAACAGGAAUUGCUGGGCUUCAUAGGUAUAGACAGACCUACCUUACAGGAGAGAGCCCUCUGCUGGUUUGAAACUAUUAAUGUAUCAUUAAAAUUCUUGAGAUGCAUAUUAUAUAUUCCCAAGAAUUUCUAUGCUAUACGUUACAUCAUUCAUUAAUGGAAAGAAAAUAGAAUUUUUAUUGAUUCUCAAAUAUUUACUUAACAUGCCAAAAUAAUUUUAUGAUGGGGGGUAUACUUGAAUAUAUGUGAAUAUACAGGGGUAGUUUAAAAUGAGUUUAAUCAUGAAAAUAAUUCAUGUGCAACUCAGGUUUCUUUGAAUAAACUCAAAUGUAUUUGUUCUCUUUUCUACCUUAAUUUUUCACUAUGACUUAAAUAAUUUUCUUUUAGAAAUAUAGGUAUUUUUAAGUCACAAAUUUCCAAGCCUUUGAAUAUGGAUAUGGUUCCCAGAUAGGCGAUGUGCCUCAAGCCUCUGUGCCUGAGAUAGGACAAUUUUUCAACCUUCAACCUUGCUAAUUUUCCGGUCCUAUUUUCUCUGGCAAACACUAAUGCAUGAUGACAGAUCAUGGAACUCUUAGUAAUAUUGUAAAUUGAUCUUGAAUGGUUCCAUGUAAUUUAUGCUGGUUCUUGACUGGAAGGACUUUAAUUGUCCCCACUUUUCUCUCUCAAGAGAACAGCACUGAAAACAGGGCUCAUCAAUUACCCGGUUUUGAUGGAGAGGUGCACAGUGCCUUUGCAAUAGUCACAGGGACACUCAGUCCCUCUUAUCUAUCAAGAGGACCAAAAUUCGUUUAUAGGGCAGAACUCUAUUAGCAAUGUUUAAUGGAACCUCUAAAUUAUUGCAGAAACGGGUAUUGCAAAACCAUUUUGCAGAACUCUGAGGUGGUUAAAUCAUUUACCCAAGGCCACCGGGGAACACAGUUGAUGGCCAUUCUUUUUUAAAUUAUCUGAAUUCUAACAUCAAAGACUGUGACACCUCUCCAUUUCCUGCUAAAAGGUAUUCAGAUCAUAAUUCAAGGAUUAUAGUUCAUGUGCAGAGUAUGCCUUUACUUUUCAAUUUGAUGCUUCUAUUU